AAACACCCACGUCAACCUCUGCCUGCAGCCCUGCCUACUCAAAGAAAGAUAAAACACACACCCCCCAUUAACCCAAACCCCAACUCACCGAUCAAACAACCAGCCAGGCAGCACGAUCCUUUCAAUUAUUACUGUAUCAUUCAUAUUCACUCCCCCUUCUUCUAUUCUAUAUUUUACCCAAAGUUUCAAUCUUUAUUCUGGGUUUUAUCGUUUUCAAUCAAACCCACAAACAAAGAUUCUUAAUUUUUUUCUUUUUAUUGGACACUUCAUAAUUCUUAGUGAUGAACAAGGCCAUGGAAAGCUUACAGGAUCUGAUUGAAGAAGCUAAACUUCGUACUGUUUGGUGGGCCCUUUGUAUCUUUGCUGUUUCUUACUUCUUAACUAAUACUAGUAAGUCAAUGUGGAUGAAUGUUCCUAUAGCUAUACUUUUGGUUUCGGGAUCACGGAUCUUGUUAAAUGAAGUUGAGUUUCGAUGGAAGACCAGGAAUACCCGGCCGGAAACAUAUUUGUCACACUUGGAAAAGAAACAAUUGUCUGUGAACGAUUCACGGCUUUCCACCUUGCCUCCACCGCCUAAAUGGAAGAGGAAAAUUGAUUCUCCGGUUGUUGAGUCUGCGAUGGAGGAUUUUAUUAACAAGCUUUUGCAAGACUUUGUUGUUGAUUUAUGGUAUUCAGAUAUCACACCGGAUAAGGAGGCACCUGAGUUGAUACGGACAAUUAUUAUGGAUGUUCUUGCUGAAAUAUCUGCAAGAGUUAAGAAUAUAAACCUUGUCGACUUGUUAACGAGAGACGUCGUUGAUCUGGUGGGGGUCCACUUAGAGCUUUUUAGAAAAAACCAAGCAGCAAUUGGUGUAGAAGUUAUGGUAACAUUAUCUUCAGAAGAAAGAGAUGAAAGAAUUAAACACCAUCUCAUGGUUUCCAAUGAGCUUCAUCCAGCUGUACUGUCUCCCGAGAGUGAGUACAAGUAUCUUCAACGGAUCAUGGGGGCUGUCUUAGCUGUAGUUCUACGACCACGAGAAGCUCAAUCAGCUUUAGUUCGAUGCAUCUGCCGUGAGCUUUUAACAUGCUUGGUGAUGGAACCCGUAAUGAGAUUUGCAAGCCCUGGGUACAUUAAUGAGUUGCUUGAACUUAUUUUUCUUGCCUCUGCUAAUGAGGAAUGUAAAGAGGCGGGUGAAGACCAUAAGCCGGAUCAAUCUACUACUCCAAGCUCUGCAAAAAAUCCCGAAUAUUCUUAUCAUCAAAAGAGCGAUGUGGCACAAGAAGUUCCAUUAGAUGGUUCACACAUUAGAGUUACAGGUGUAGUUCAAGCAGAAACAAAGCAGUUACGGUCUGCUGAUUGGGCUCGGGUUCUUGAGGCGGCAACUCAGAGAAGGACGGAGGUUCUUCAGCCUGAAAAUCUUGAAGACAUGUGGACUAAAGGAAGAAACUAUAAAAAGAAAGCUCAGAAGAUUGAUCAGAAGAAUGCUGCUCGAGGACUUAAAAGUGGUAUUGAUAAAAAUUCGGGGAAGGAAAUGUCAUCUAAGAAGCUUGAGACUUCAACCAGCAUUGGUAGGGCUUCAGGACAGAUUCCCCCUAAACCUCGUCUAGAUGGUCAGUUGGAUGCUCAACGGAGAGACCAAUAUCUGGAUGGUGGGCAAACUCACAUGUUGACUCUUGAUGACAGAGUUGAAGAGGAUUAUGCUGUUGGUGGUGGACGUAAAAGUACUUUUAGAAAGUCAAAUAGCGCUUCUGAUUUGGACAAGCAAAUUAUGGUUGAUACUGCAUAUCCGGACCAAGUGAGUAGGUCUAUUAUCUCAGAGUUUUAUAGUGCAAAUGCUGGCAGAAAUGAUGGAUCUCAUGUUAAUGUUGCUUCUGAUAAAGUAUUACGCAUUGAAGGAUAUAACCCAAAGCUCAAGUGUCGGGUUCUGGGAGCAUAUUUUGAGAAACUUGGGUCAAAGUCUUUUGCAGUCUAUUCCAUUGCAGUAACAGACGCCGAAAAAAACACUUGGUUUGUGAAAAGAAGAUACCGAAACUUUGAGAGAUUGCAUCGUCAACUUAAGGACAUUCCAAACUAUACAUUACAUUUACCUCCUAAAAGGAUAUUUUCGUCGAGUACAGAAGAUGCCUUUGUUCACCAACGUUGCAUUCAGCUUGAUAAAUAUCUACAAGAUCUUUUGUCUAUAGCUAAUGUCGCGGAGCAACAUGAAGUGUGGGACUUUUUGAGUAUUUCUUCAAAGAAUUACUCUUUCGGAAAGUCGUCUUCUGUAAUGAGAACGCUAGCAGUCAAUGUGGAUGAUGCCGUGGACGAUAUUGUCCGUCAAUUUAAAGGCGUUUCAGAUGGUUUAAUGCGGAAAGUUGUUGGCCCAACUUUCACUUAUGAACCCUUGCCUUUGGCUACAAGCAGCAGUUUAACAUGGAAAGCAGAUGAACUUAGUAACUCCUUCACUAGACAAACAACCUCAGAAUCGGCUAAUAGUCUUUCUGAUAAUGAGAUGAACUCUACUGAAAAAAUUAAUGGGUGGCAUUCAGACAAUGAGUUAAAUUCGAAAGAAUUUCCACCUAGGGUUGUCAAACAUGAUGAACUUAUACGAAGCUUAGAUCUUGAAAAAAGAGCUAGUUUAGGGGUGCGGUCUGAAAUACUCAACAUGGCUGCCAAUUUUCCGUCAACAUCAAAUCGCGUGGAAGAUCCGCUCGGUGUGCCAGCAGAGUGGACCCCCCCUAACGUUAGUGUUCCCUUGCUAAAUCUAGUGGACAAGGUAUUCCAACUCAAUCGAAGAGGCUGGUUGAGGCGUCAGGUGUUUUGGAUAUCGAAGCAAAUUUUGCAGUUAAUGAUGGAAGAUGCCAUUGACGACUGGCUCUUGAGACAAAUACAUUGGCUUAGGAGAGACGACAUUGUGGCUAGUGGGAUUCGUUGGAUACAAGAUGUUCUGUGGCCCGAAGGCAUAUUUUUUACUAAAGUAAAUGGUCAAAGUCGGACUGGUCCUCAAUCUGAUCAAGAUUCUCCCUUAGCCACAAGUCAAUCAUCUGGCAGUAAGAUCAAUAAACAAGCAACGUUCGAGGAGCAGCUUGAGGCUGCUCGAAGGGCUAGUGAUAUCAAGAAGAUGAUCUUUAAUGGAGCGCCUAGUACAUUGGUCAGCUUGAUCGGUAAUAAUCAAUACAAGCGUUGUGCAAAAGAUGUAUAUUAUUUCCUCCAGUCUGAGGUGUGUUUGAAGCAGCUUGCAUACGGAUUACUUGAACUAGCAAUCGUAACAGUCUUUCCCGAGUUGCAUGAUAUUGUGACAGAUGUUCACAAGAUGAAGCAAACCCCACCUGUGUAGAUUCCUGCAUACGUCUCGCAAUGUUUUCACAACUUUAUCACCUCCUGCGUGUAAUCUUGGAAUUUUUUCCGCUUAGAUCUCCAAAACUCUGAUGUUUACAUGGCCUUGUUUUUUGGUUUUGGGGUUCUCACAUGUUCAACUUCUUUUUCUGAUUUUAGUCUAAUUGUACAAAAUUAUGUAGUUCAGAAUGUGCAUAGUAAAACAGUACAAAUGAUACCAUCUACCCUUACGUGCCAUAUUUAACCAUAGUUUAGCAAUUAUGUUUGUUGAUCCA